AUGACAGGGAAAGCUGAGUCUGCCAAAGUAUCUUUGGCGAGGGUGACUAUAGACGCACCCCCAUCCAAGGUAUACGAGAAGCUUGCCAACGUCGAGAACUGGAACGACUGGCACAAGUCUGCAUGGGUUCUCCGUGCUCCAGGCCUGCAUAAGCUGACACCUGGAGAGAAGUUCAGCUACACUGCACCCUUCGUGCUGGGGAAUGUGUCCUCAGAGGUCACAGUCGCAUCCCCUGACCAGACGCUGGAGUGGAGAGACAAAGCGCUGUUUGGGCUGAUCAACGGCGGCCACCGGUGGCGGCUACAUGGCAAGGGCAGGCGCCUGCUUGGCUUCAUUGGCAAGGAACAGACACAGGUCGUCUUGGACCAGGAAGUCACAGGCUUGGGGCAGCUUCUGGUGAGUGGGAAGGGCCUGGAGAAGCAUGGCGCCACAUGGCUGACAGAACUGAAGCAGUCGGUUGAGGGAGGCAAGUAA